CAAACCUCGCGAUAUCUAUUUGCCGUUGGCGGCUGAGGGCCCGUCCCUUCUGUACAGGAGAACUUCUCGUGACAUUUGAAUGAAAAACAUCGUCCCGAAAGCGAAAAACCAUGGCUUCAGCUUUGGAGCAGUUUGUCAACAAUGUGCGGCAACUUUCCGCUCAAGGUCAGAUGACUCAACUAUGCGAGUUAAUAAAUAAAAGUGGAGAGCUUCUGGCCAAGAAUCUCUCUCAUCUGGACACUGUUCUUGGCGCUCUGGACAUCCAGGAACACUCCCUUGGGGUUUUAGCUGUUCUGUUUGUGAAGUUUUCCAUGCCAAACAUCCCCGAUUUCGAGACCUUGUUUUCUCAAGUCCAGCUCUUCAUCAGCACCUGUAAUGGAGAACACAUCCGUUACGCCACAGACACAUUUGCUGGUCUGUGCCACCAGUUAACAAAUGCCCUUGUAGAAAGAAAACAGCCCUUGCGUGGAAUAAGUAUACUUAAACAGGCCAUAGACAAGAUGCAGAUGAACACAAACCAGCUUACCUCAGUGCAUGCAGACCUGUGUCAGCUGUGUCUAUUAGCUAAGUGCUUCAAACCUGCAGUCCCGUUCCUGGAGUUGGACAUGAUGGAUAUUUGCAAGGAGAACGGAGCGUACGACGCAAAGCACUUUCUAUGUUAUUAUUACUAUGGUGGCAUGAUUUACACGGGUCUGAAGAACUUUGAAAGGGCGCUGUAUUUUUUUGAACAGGCAAUAACCACUCCAGCAAUGGCUGUCAGUCACAUCAUGUUAGAAGCAUAUAAGAAAUACAUCCUGGUGUCCCUCAUCCUUCAUGGAAAAGUACAGCAGCUUCCCAAAUACACGUCACAGAUCGUGGGCCGAUUCAUCAAGCCUCUUAGCAAUGCCUACCAUGAGUUAGCGCAGAUCUACGCCACCAACAACCCGGCAGAGCUCCGUGCGCUAGUCAACAAGCACAGCGAGACGUUCGCACGAGACAACAACAGCGGUCUGGUCAAGCAGUGCCUGUCCUCGCUCUACAAGAAGAACAUUCAGAGGCUAACCAAGACGUUCUUGACAUUAUCCUUACAAGACAUGGCGAGUCGAGUUCAGCUCUCUGGCCCUCAAGAAGCUGAGAAAUACGUCUUACAUAUGAUCGAGGAUGGAGAGAUCUAUGCAAGUAUCAACCAGAAGGACGGCAUGGUCUGUUUCCAUGACAACCCGGAGAAAUACAACAACCCAGCGAUGCUCCACAAAAUUGACCAAGAGAUGCUGAAAUGUAUAGAGUUGGAUGAAAAACUAAAGUCCAUGGAUCAAGAAAUCACUGUAAACCCCCAGUUUGUGCAAAAGAGUAUGGGAACACAAGAAGACGAUGUCGGCAGCAAGACGUCGAGCUACUCUUGAGGCCGUUUCUCCACUGAACCAUCCUCAUCCCAAAGCUGGAAACCAGAAUCAGUUCAAUACGGACUCUAUUGGAGGAAAACAUAAACAAAUGUAAUGUGUGGAAUGACCUGCUUUCGGUUCUGUCACAGUGCACCCUAAAACAAGAACUCAUUUUUUUUUGUCAGUGUUUAUUUAUCAAUGCUUGGUCAACACGCCACCGCAUCAUUUACGGUCAUACAAAUAAAGAUACCGGACUUCUUUGUUCAAAAGAGUUGUCGAAAUUA